CAUCCAAAUUGCACCACACAAAAAUCCAAUAAAAAGAAUCAAAAAUUAUAAAAAAAAAUUAAAACCAAAAAAUUUCAAUUAUUUCAAGUGCACGAAAAUCAAAAAUGCUAUUAAACGAAAUAGAAUAAUCUGUUCCAGAAGCAAAAGCGCGAGAUACCCAUCAACUAUCGUUAAUAUUUAAGUGUUGUGAGUUUAAUAAACAUCAAGUGUCCAGUAAUCACUGCCAAUUUGACGCUCCGAAGAAUUCGAAGAAUACGCCGCCGCCAUGCAGUCGUUUAAGGCGGACGAGUUGCCGCCCAAUCCGCGCGAACGCGCCAAUCCACUUUCAGUUCUCAUGUUCUGCUUUACUAUGCCAGUAUUUUUCAAGGGUCGCAAGAAAACAUUGGCCGAACAGGACCUCUAUAGAGCUUUAACUACUCACAGAUCAGCCACACUGGGAAAUAAGAUGAGCGAUGCCUGGGAGGCGGAGAUCGAUAAGAAACGACAGAAGCACAAGGAACCCAAUCUCGUGAGUGCUGUACUACGCGUGUUCGGUGCGCGCUACGCAUUUCUUGGCUUCUUAUUAUUUCUGCUGGAAAUUGGUCUACGCAUUACACAGCCACUUUUUCUUGGUGGCCUGGUUAAUUACUAUUCCAAUUCGACUAACAGCGGGAGCACCAACACUGCCUACCUCUACGCCCUGGGUGUAAUACUGUGCAGCGCACUCAAUGUGCUGCUACUGCAUCCGCUCAUGAUGGCCAUUCUACACACGGGCAUGAAGGUGCGCGUCUCCCUGUGCAGUGUGAUUUAUCGGAAGACGCUACGCUUAAGCAGAACGGCGCUGGGUAGCACCACAACCGGGCAGGUAGUGAAUCUGAUAUCGAACGAUGUGGGCCGGCUGGAUACGUCACUCAUACAAAUGCAUUAUUUAUGGCUGGGACCAACCGAAGUUGUAAUUAUAACAUUGCUCAUGUACAGAGAGAUUGGCGUCUCUUCCCUAUUUGGCGUUGCCUUCAUGUUACUCUUCCUGCCACUGCAGGCCUAUCUUGGCCGGAAGACAUCUGUGCUGCGUUUGCGUACGGCGCUGUGCACUGAUGAGCGCGUGCGCAUGAUGAACGAAAUCAUCUCGGGCAUACAAGUGAUCAAGAUGUACGCGUGGGAGAAGCCCUUUGGCAAGAUGGUGCAAUAUGCGCGUCGCAAGGAAAUGAAAGCCAUACGCAACGUCAAUUAUAUUCGUGGUAUACUGCAAUCAUUCAUCAUGUUCAUGACACGCGUGUCCAUCUUUGCCAGCUUGGUGGGUUAUGUGCUGUUGGGUCAGUUCCUGACUGCGGAGAAGGCGUUCGUCAUCACUGCCUACUACAACAUUUUGCGCAACACAAUGACUGUCUACUUCCCUUUGGCCAUAUCCCAGUAUGCCGAGACAAUGGUCUCCUUGAAGCGUAUACAAAAGUAUUUGUUGUACGAUGAGACGAAAGUGAAGGAUCGCUCAGAAGACGUCGAAAAUGAGUACAAUAAAAUCAAGCAGACAUACAUCAUAGAGGAGAACGAGAAAUCACUUUCACUGAAUGGCAGUCUGAAGCCAUUAGGGCCACCGCAAGAGAGAAAACAUACAAACGCAGUCAUUGAAAUACACAAAUUGAAGGCGAAAUGGGAUCAUUCUAUGACAGAGUACACAUUGGACAAUAUCGAGCUGAAGGUGAAGCCGCGUACACUGGUGGCUGUAAUUGGGCCAGUGGGUUCUGGGAAAUCAAGCUUAAUCCAAGCCAUUCUUGGCGAAUUACCCGCCGAAUCAGGCUCCAUUACUCUACAUGGUUCCUACUCGUAUGCCUCUCAGGAACCUUGGCUGUUCACCGGCACCGUACGUCAGAACAUACUUUUCGGUUUACCAAUGGACAAGAACCGUUAUCGCAGUGUAGUGAAAAAAUGUGCAUUGGAGCGCGAUUUCGAGCUGCUGCCCUUUGGCGACAAGACGAUUGUGGGCGAACGUGGCGCCUCACUUUCGGGCGGACAAAAGGCGCGCAUUAGCUUAGCACGCGCUGUGUACCGUAAAGCCGACGUUUACCUGUUGGAUGAUCCACUGAGCGCGGUAGACACACACGUCGGCCGACAUCUCUUUGAUCAGUGUAUGCGCGGUUUCCUGCGUGAAGACAUUGUAAUUUUGGUGACACAUCAACUGCAGUUCCUGGAACAGGCCGACAUCAUUAUUAUUAUGGAUAAGGGCAAGAUCAGUGCUGUGGGCACCUAUGAGUCGAUGUGCAGAAGUGGUCUGGACUUUGCUAAAUUGUUGGUGGCGCCAGAAAAUAGCGCCGAUGCUGAGGGUGGUGGUGAUAUUGAGAAAAAGAGUUUGUCACGCCAGAAUAGCAGACAACGUCAGAACAGCAUAUCUUCUAUGAGCUCGAUAGCCGAGUCAGCAGUCGGAGAAACACCCAUGCAGGUGCAAGAGUCACGUGAGGAGGGAAAAAUCGGUUGGGGGUUGUAUGCAAAAUACUUCACUGCUAAUGGUGGAUACGUCCUUUUCACGAUAAGUAUGGUUUUCUGCAUUGUUGCGCAGUUGCUGACCUCCGCCAGUGAUUACUACCUGUCUUAUUGGGUAAACAAAAACGAACAAACUGUGGCUACGGAAACAACGCAUUUCGGCGCACGUAUUAUCGGCCGGCUAUACGGGCGCGAUGUACGCUUAAAUAACGUAACUGAUCCUGUUGAUAUUUACAUAUUCUCUGCCAUCAUCUUGGCUACGAUCAUUUUCUCGCUGUCUCGCAGUUUGCUUUUCUUCACUAUGGCAAAAAAUUCUUCGAUCAGUUUGCACAACGGCAUGUUCCGAGGACUCACACACGCCGCCAUGUACUUUUUCCAUACAAAUCCGUCGGGGCGCAUAUUGAAUAGAUUCUCAAAGGAUUUGGGUCAAGUGGAUGAAAUCCUGCCGUCGGUGUUGAUGGAUGUGCUGCAAAUUUCUUUGGGUUGUGCUGGUAUUAUUGCUGUAAUAUCUAUUGUGAAUCUAUGGAAUUUAGUGGCGGCAGCUGCACUAGCAGUUAUAUUCUACUUUAUACGCUCUUUCUACUUGCAAACCUCACGUGAUGUGAAACGUCUCGAGGCAGUCACACGCUCCCCAAUCUACUCCCACCUAAGUGCUUCACUGAACGGCCUACCGACGAUACGCGCAUUCGGCGCUCAAAAAAUUUUAAUAACUGAAUUCGAUAACUAUCAGGACCUGCACAGUUCCGGCUACUACAUGUUUUUGACUACGAAUCGUGCCUUUGGCUACUGGCUGGACUGCUUCUGUGUGCUCUACAUAGCGGUAACCACACUGAGCUUCUUCCUUCUAUCGCCAGAAAACGGAGGUGAUGUGGGUUUAGCGAUCACGCAGGCCAUGGGCUUGACCGGCAUGGUCCAGUGGGGCAUGCGUCAAUCUGCCGAAUUGGAAAACAGUAUGACAUGCGUGGAGCGUGUGGUCGAAUACGAUCAGAUUGAACCCGAAGGCGAGUUCGAGAGCAGACCGGGUAAAAAACCGCCAAAGUCAUGGCCCGAACAGGGUAAAAUUAAAUUUGAUAAGCUCAGUUUGCGGUAUUUCCCCGACCCGAAAUCGGAGCGUGUGCUAAAAUCACUCAAUCUAGAGAUACAAUCCUGCGAAAAGGUAGGCAUUGUGGGACGCACUGGUGCCGGCAAAUCAUCGCUCAUCAAUGCGCUUUUCCGGCUAUCCUACAAUGAUGGUUCCAUAGUUAUUGACACGCGUGAUACAAAUGAUUUGGGUCUGCAUGAUUUGCGCAGCAAAAUCUCAAUUAUACCACAAGAACCGGUGCUCUUCUCGGGCACAAUGCGUUACAAUUUGGAUCCAUUCGAUGAGUACUCUGAUGCGAAAUUGUGGGAAGCACUCGAAGAGGUUAAACUGAAAGGCGUAGUUUCGGAUUUGCCAAGUGGUUUGCAGAGCAAAAUCUCGGAAGGUGGCACCAAUUUCAGCGUUGGCCAACGGCAGUUGGUGUGUCUGGCACGCGCCAUCCUGCGUGAAAACAAAAUUCUGGUGCUAGACGAGGCGACGGCAAAUGUAGAUCCACAGACUGAUGCACUCAUACAACUGACAAUAAGAAGUAAAUUCAAGAAUUGCACGGUUCUGACAAUUGCACAUCGCCUACACACAGUUAUGGACUCGGACAAAGUGUUGGUCAUGGAUGCGGGACGAGCGGUAGAAUUCGGCGCACCAUUUGAAUUGUUGACUGUGAGCAAAACAAAAGUAUUCUAUGGCAUGGUGAAGGAGACGGGCAAUAGCACUUUCGACAAUCUGCUGAUGGUGGCACAAAAGGCGCAUGAGGAGAACUUGCGCGCGAAAAAGGAUUCUUGACAUUUCUCCGUACCAAAAGUAUUCAAAGAGUAUUUACUGAAAAUCCUUGAACCGAUAGCAAAUCACCCGGCGAAUGCGCGCAUACAAAAAACUCUCACCGAUGCGACGCAUCACAAAUUCUUAGGAUAGCAGGAACCGGCAAAUGGGAGAGCGGUGAUUGGGAACGAAAACCGUAGAUUAUCAUAUCGGGGCUUAUUUUUAUACAGUACUUAAGGGGCAAAUAACUAAGGCAAUUCAUGAGUAAAAUCUUUGUAUAUCUCAACAAACAAGCAAAAACAAAAAUGUACGUUUAUAUGCACUUAUACACUAAUUUUAAGUGCUUUGUAUGUGUAUGACGCAAAAAAAGUGCGAAAAAUUGACCUGAAAAUUGUAAGUUGUACAUAUCCACAAACAAAUGUGAAAAAUUUAAAUAUGAAUGCAAUUGCAAUUGUAAAUAAUAUAGAAAAUAUAGAAAACCAACAAAAAAAAAAUAAAAAACAAAACAAAAAAACACACACAAAUGUAAAGCCAGACAAUAAACAACGCAGCACAAACAAAUGAGCGAAAAGCACACACUUUAGUUUAGGUGUGUGUGUGCGUGUGCAACAAAAAUGUGAGUUAGUCUAAACUCAGGUCGCACUGCUGAAUGUCAGCACCAGAUUAGUAGAAUACUGACAAUAGUUAUUAAAAGCCACAAAUAUUUACGGCACUCCUUAAAAAAAAUAUUAAAUAUUACUUCAACUUUA